CAUCAAGGCCCUUUUAUAUUCCUCCCUUCCACACACCAUGUCGACAGCUCCGGACCCCAAGAUUCAAGACCUGCUCAACAAGCCGAAGAGCGAGCUCACAGAAUAUGAGGUCGCUCUCGUCGAGGAGCACGAGCUCACCGCCGGCCCUCUCUCGCUUCUGCAGACCGCUACCCGCACACACACCCAGGUCCUGAUCUCCUGCCGUAACAACCGGAAGCUGCUGGCCCGUGUCAAGGCCUUUGACCGACACUGCAACAUGGUGCUGGAGAACGUGAAGGAGAUGUGGACCGAGAAGCCCAAGGGCGGAAAGGGCAAGGGUGUGAACAAGGAUCGCUUCGUCAGCAAGAUGUUCCUGCGUGGUGACUCUGUCAUCCUCGUCCUGCUGAGCUGAGCGC